AUGGAUACUGAAAUACGGGCACUUGACAAUUUAUGUAAAGUACUGUAUGAAAGUAUUGACGGCACUAGAAGACUUCAAGCAGAACAAAAUUUAGCCGAACUGACGUCAUCGCCGGAUUGCUUGAGGCGAUGUAUGUUACUCCUUCAAAGCGGAACUGCACCGUUCGCUCAUAUGGUUGCCAGCAAUACAUUGAUGAAAUUACUUAGCUCAAAGAUUGCCGUAUCUCUACAGCAGCGAUUGGAAUUAAACACAUACUUACUUCAUUAUUUGGAUGAACGGUCUGCGGCGUUGCCACCAUUUGUACUUUCCUCGCUGUAUCAGCUGUUUACCAGGAUAACAAAACUCGGAUGGCAUGAUUAUGAUAUAGAGAGUCAAACUUUUCCAUUUCGUGAACCCGUUUCUACAAUCAUUAAACUUGCAGGAAAAAAUUCAGAAAAAGGUCUACUGGCUGUACAAUUAUUGGCAACGUUAGUGUCAGAUAUCAAUUCGGAUGUUGGUUUUGAAACUGUCACAAAGCAACGGAAGACUUUAUCAAGUUUCCGUGAUGGAUACUUAUUUGACAUAUUUGAAUUGUCAACAGCAAUGCUUCGAAAAACUGUUAGUGGUAGGAUAGAUGAAAGAGAGCUUCCAACAGUCAGCAGCUUGUUACAGCUUACUCUAAACUGCCUUUCUUUUGAUUUUAUUGGCAGCUUAUCGGAUGAAACAAACGAUGAUAAUGCAACUGUUCAAGUACCGACAUUGUGGAGGCUGGCGUUUACUGAUGGUGAAUUAAUAACGAUGUUUUUCCGUUUGUACAAUGACUUACCUAUUGAAUUGACGACACGUGUGUUACAAAAUAUUGUCCAGUUGAGCUCUCUUCGACGAACAUUGUUUUCAAAUCCAGAACGGCAAACAUAUUUGACGCAUAUUGUUAAAGGUGUUAAAGGAAUCAUGGAACAGCCAGAUAAACUUCGGCAACAGGAGAGUUUCCAUGAAUUUUGCCGCAUCGUGUCGCGCUUAAAAGGAAAUUAUCAAUUAAUUGAAUUGAUGAAAGUUGAAGAAUAUUCCACAGUCAUCGCCCUUUUGGCGGAUUUCACUGAGCAAAGUUUGCGGGCUUAUGAAUUCUCAGCAAACAGUUCUUACUACUUAUUAUCUUUUUGGCAACGUAUGGUUUCAUCAGUACCGUACGUGAAAGCUGCGGAUCCACAUCUACUCAAUUUAUAUUGCCCCAAAAUUACUGCUACUUACGUGGAAAGUCGUUUACAAUAUGCACGAGCUGUUGCAAGGGGCGAUAUAGGCGAUGAUCCGUUAGACGACCAGGGCGCCAUCCAGCAGGUUAUGGAACAGAUUGCUAUCAUUUGUCGUUGUGAAUAUGAAAAAUCAGCGCAGUUGAUUGUGCGAUUAUUUGAUCAUGACUACACGAUAUACGAGCGUUUAGCCAAUAAUCCGCCAUCCACUGAAGCACGUGAGUCAGUGGCUUGUUUGACGUGGUUAGUAACGAUAAUUGGUGCAGCAAUACAGGGUCGAGCAUCGUACAGUAAUUGUGAAGAACAUGAUGUCGUUGAUGGAAACCUCGUUUGCAGGGUAUUAAAACUUAUGGAAUUGUCGGAUUCACGACUUUCAGCUGGUAUGCCAGGGAAUUUUAAGCUUGAGGUGGCUUAUCUGUAUAUGUUAGAUCAGUUUCGAAAAAUUUAUGUUAGUGAUCAGAUCCAGAAAAUUAGUAAAGUCUAUGAUCAACUCGAGAAGAAUCUUGGCUUGCAGGAUGAAACUGCUGUAAUUACUGUAUACGCUCGUAAAAUUAUUACGAAUCUGAAAUAUUGGGGAACCGAAGAGAAGCUGGUGGAUGACAGUUUAGUGUUGCUUAACGAACUUUCACUCGGUUUUUCAGCUGGUCGUCGCUUGAUGCGAUUACCUGACAUACAGCUACUGUUAAAUAAUCACUCGUGCGAACAUUUCUCGUUUUUGUCUUCGGAAGCUGAUUUGAUGACAAUGCGAUCACGGACAACAUUUUAUGCUUCGUUGAUGCGGUUGUUAUGUUUAGAUUUAAAUGACAGCGAUGCGACAUUCUAUUCAUUUAUGCAACCUUUAACAGAUGCUGUGCGGGAAAUUUAUGAUGUUUUUGCAAUGAGUGCACCAACUGUUGAUCAGGAGCGUGUUAAGCGUGCUGUUGUUGGUCUUUGUCGGGAUCUUCGAGGGAUUUCGACAGCAUGUAAUACGAAAUAUGUUUUUUCAAUGUUAUUCGACUGGAUGUACCCAAAUGUAUUUUCAAUUUUGGUUCGGUCAGUUGAUGUUUGGGCAGAUUGCACGGAGGUGGUUAGUCCAAUAUUGAAAUUAUUAGUGGAAUUAUGUCAAAAUCGUCAACAACGAUUACAGUUUGAGAUGUCAUCGUGUAGUGCUGUGUUAUUGUUUCGGGAAGUAUCAAAAAUCAUCUGUACAUACGGUGAAAGAAUGUUAGCAUUGCCUAAAGUAGUUCCUGAAAAUGCUUAUAAGCAGAGAUAUAAAAAUAUUGGGACUGUUUUUGCUAUACUGAAAAUGGCUUUAAAUGGUUCAUAUAUUCCAUUUGGUGUAUUUCGAUUAUAUGGUGACACAUGCCUCCAAGAUGCCUUAGCAAUGUUUGUGAAGCUUCUCAUGUACAUACCAGAGGAAGAAUUUCAGUCUUAUUCGAAAAUAAUCCAAAAUUUCCAUUGGUUAUUAGAAUCUAUUGCACAGGAUAAUAUAUGCUUCUUAUCAAAUAUUAAACCAGAAGUAUUCACGGUUUUGAUGCGAUAUAUUGAGCAGGCAAUUGUUUCAUUUGAUCCUAUUGUUGUAACAGCAUCAUGCUCAACCCUGGAUCUAAUAUUAAAUUAUCUUUAUCGUCGGUUAACACGCUCAGCUCCGCCUCGAGCUCAUGUUGGUGCUGAGGCAGAGGGACAGAAUUGUAUACAUGCUCUUGAAGCUCAGCCAUCUUUAUUACCUCAGAUGCUGUCAACGAUAUUGAAUGCCUCGUUGUUCGAGGAUGUCAAAUGUCAGUGGUCAUUGUCACGACCAUUACUUGGUUUGAUUUUACUGCAAGAAGAAUGUUUCCAGCAAUGGAAAAUGGAAUUAUUGGCGAAUCAGCCGCAGGAUAAACGUGCUGCAUUUGAAGAAGCUUUCACAUCUCUAAUGGACGGUGUAGAAAGGAAUGUAAGUACUCGAAACAAGGAUGCAUUCACACAAAAUAUGAAUAUGUUUCGAAAGACAAUCCAGGAAAUUAUCAAUGGUGAUGUUAUGUCAGCAGUGCAACCACUUCCAGUUGCUGAUAUGAUGUCGUAG